GUUUCACUGGUGUAUGUGGAGCGAACUGAAGCUGUGCACCAUGGAGAGCAGACACCACAUUUAAACUCGGGAGAACAUUUCCCUUCAUGUGCUGAAGAAAUCUGCUCAUUCAGUCAACAAGAAAGAUGGAGAAGGAUUCGCCAUCAUCAACGCCCACUCCUGUCAAACCGCAGGAUGGGCCGUCUCGUCCCUCCACCGUACACAUGCCUCCUUCGCCUGUCUCCAACAGCCUCUCUGCCACACCCAAAUCUCCAGCCUCCACGGAAACAAAGACAGAAUCCUCAUAUUCUUCGCCACAAACACCUCAAGUCGUGUUGAAAUCAACGGACUCCCCUCCUCCGGCUGAAGGGUCAAAGCCUUCCUCUACUGCUUCUUCACCCGCUUCUAAAACUGUCUCAACCAGCCCAUCCUCUCCUGCUCCACGCAAAACACCCCUCGUCACUUCUCUUAACCACUCGAGCCCUCAAGUCUCCAAAAUGUCCCCCGUCUCCAAACUCGCCUCUCCCUCCGCUGCUUCAGCCGGUGUGACCUGUACUACUGUGAUAGAUUCCUCUCCAUCGACCUCCAGCACUGCUUCCACCACAGCGCCCACAGUGUCUUCCACCGCCCCAGUGAAACGCACCUUUGCCUCCAUGGCCAAGCAGGUCAUAAUCCAGGAAAGACUCAGGAGAGCAGAGGAAGAGGAUGCCGUUGAUGAUGAAGAUGGGGAUGAACCGGAGGAGGAUUUGUCUGUGGAGCAGUUGGAGGAGAAAGCCAAAGCUGGUGAUGCCCGAGCUCAGACCCGGCUCGGUCAGCACUUCUUUAUUCUUGCUGAAGAGAAGGACACUGAGCUGAAUAAUCUCCUGGCUGUUAAUUGGCUGAUUACAGCCGCUAAACAGGGAAGGAAAGGUGCAGCGACAUUACUGCAGCGCUGCUGGAUCCACAAAAAAGGAAUCACUCCGGAGAAUGAGGCUGAAGUGCGGAAGUUGUCAACAGAGAGUAGGUUUGAACUGGCUGUACGCAAAGCAGCCAUGAUGAUGUACUUUAAGCUCAACCCAGAGAGGAAGAGGAAGGUGGCUGUGUCUGAGAUGCUGGAGAAUGUCGGCCAGGUCAAUGCAGGGCAAGCAGGUGGCAACGCAAGAGGGAUUCCCGGGCCAACCUCAGGCCAGACCCAGAAAGUGUUGGAAAGCAUGGUCAGCAAUGAGUCUGAACAGUUGGUGGAUCUGGAUGAAUUUGUUGAGAUGACAAAAAAGUACGCACAAGGUAUCGCCCCCACUGCACCGCAAAACGACACCCAGGCCACAGCCAAGAAUAAAAGCCCUGCACCUGACGACCGUGGAGGGGAGACUGAGUUGGUUCCAUCAGGAUGCAGGAAGUCACACAAAGGUUCUUGGAGUUUUGGUGGAAGUGGGAUGAUGUUGGACUCUAAGCCAACUGAGGCCUUAAAAAGAGCCAUGGACAUGAAGUCACGGUUGAUGAUACUGCAGUACCCACUGAACACCAUCCUGGAUAUGAAGGGGGCCCUGGUGGACUGGGCGUCGCGGGCCGGCGUCCAGUGGCUGAGCACCGUCAUCCCCACGCACCACGUCAACGCCCUCAUUUUCUUCUUCAUCAUCAGCAACCUGACGGUCGACCUGUUUGCUUUCGUCAUUCCUCUGCUCGUCUUCUACCUCUCCUUCAUCUCUAUGAUCAUCUGCACGCUGCGUGUUUUGCAGAGCAGCAAGACUUGGGAGAACUUCAGAGCGCUGACAUCUUUACUGACGCGUUUUGAACCGGGGCUGGAUGUGGAGCAGGCAGAGACCAACUUCGGCUGGAACAACCUGGAGCCGUAUCUCUAUUUUAUCAUAUCCGUCUUCUUUGUCAUUUUCUCUUUCCCUGUAGCCGACAAAGGCUGGAUCCCCUGUUCUGAGCUCUCCACCGUGGCCAUCUUCUUCACCGCUGUCAGCUUUAACAGCCUCAGUCCCACUGCGGCCAUGUACGCACGCCGAGCGAUGGUCAUAGAGGUGGCAUCAUGUCUGUGUUGCCUGACCCAGUUCCUGCCAAAGAACAUGAUGGUGCUUCGGUUUCUGGGACACACCUUUGCCACUCUACCACUAGGGGAAUCCGUGGUGCUGAAGCUCAGUCUCCCCUGCCUGCUCUACAUUUACCUGUUCUACCUGUUCUUCAGCAUGGCAAAGAUGCGUGGUUUCCGGGGGACGUACUGCUUCUUGGUUCCUUACCUCGUGUGCUUCAUGUGGUGCGAGUUCUCCGUGGUUCUCCUCCAGUGUUCCUCCGCUGUGGGUCUGAUCCGCACCUGCGUGGCCUACUUCCUCUUCCUGUUUGCGCUGCCUGUUCUGGCGUUUGGCCUGGCCAUUAUGAUUCUCAUCCAGCUCUUCAAGUGGUUCCUGGAGCUGGAACUGACGAAGAUGAUCGUGACCCUGGUCGUGUGUGCGAUCCCCGUCACCCUGCGACUCUGGACACGGUUCAGCAUGUCCAUUUUGGACGUGUUCCGUUCGCUGACCCACCGCGGCCCAGUCAAGCUCAUCUUACUCUGUAUCUCCAUGGUGAUCCUCUUCUUUUCCAUCUAUGUAUACCACGCAGAGGGACAGAAGGUGUAUAACUCCACGUUGACUUGGAACCAGUACAGCCUUGCGUGCGGGCCCCCUGCCUGGGAAACCAAAGGCAUGGCCCAGACGCAGAUCUUCUGUAGCCACCUUCAUGGACACAGGAUCACGUGGGCUGGACGUUUCAAGCACGUCCGCGUGGCAGAGACAGAGAAUGGGCCACAGUCUGUCAUUAACAUGCUGCCUGUGUUCAUGGGGGACUGGCUGCGCUGCCUGUAUGGAGAGACGUAUCCCAAAUGUGAUUCGAAGAACGAUACAGUCGCAAACCUAACAGCUGGCCCCGCUUCUGGACCGGCCCCUCUCUCCCUGCCCAUCCUGCUUCAAAUGCAAGAAGAAGAAGAGUUGUGUCAGAUCAAGGCUCUGGCCAAAAACACCUGCCACGUGAAGCGCUUCGACAGCUACCAAUUUGAGGUGACUGUGGGAAUGAUCCAGGACGGGAGCAUGGAGGCAGGCGACCCGGCCAGGGAUAUAAUCCUGAUUGCCAGCAAUGAGUUCCGACAGGUUCUGUUCAAACUCAAGCCCGGUAACAUGGUGGAGUUCAGCACCAAGCUGGAGGGCCGUCUCGGAGGCAGAGCCCCGGCCUUCGAGCUGAAGGCCAUCCACUGUCUGGACUGUGUUUCCUCCCUGUUGACCGGACGCAGACAUGUGAAGAUAGAGAGAGACUGGAGACGCACGACCAUGAGAGCGCUGAAGUUUGCCUUUGAUUUUUUCUUCUCUCCGUUCCUGUCCGCGAAAAUCACUGCCUGAGGAGAAAGGCACUGGAAAUCCUUAACUCUUCACAGAGUAGCUUUCUGACCAUUGCGUCACUGAUGCAAUUUACUGUAGGAUUGUUUACAAACUGAUCUAACCACGAUCUACUGACAUUUGAAGAAGGUGAAAUAUUAAUUUGAUGUUUCUAAUAGUACUUUCUAGAUCAGUCAAUAUUGAAUGAUCAAUAUCAGUCAUUAUUGAUAUCAAUAAUUUAAAAUAUGGAUGAAAAAUACUGCUAUAACUAUUGAUAUUGUUUAUUUGCCCAGCCCUACUACUUCCUGUGAGUGCAAGUGUGAGUUUAGAAAUAUUGUUUUAUUUCUGAAUGGCCUGAUGCCAACUUUCAGUAAGAGGCAAACUUUCAAGCUUCAUUUAUCUAUUUAUAGUUUAGGGAAGUUUUUAUAGAUUAAAUUAACUAACAUUAAUAUGUGCAAUGAAGCUUAUGUUGGCUGCUGACCACAUCUGAAAAUGACACUGCAUUUCUUAAAAAUUAUAUAGUGAAAUUGUGAAAUUUCUUUAUCGGUAACUGUUCCUGCUGUGUCUGUAUUUAGUGUUUUCUUACAUGUAUUGUGAUUUUUGUUUGCAUGUACAGUAUGUAUUUACAUUUAUGUGCAUACAUAAGCACAGUUUUAAGUUAACUGAUUUAUGUAUAGGUGUUGUGUAAUAUUGGUCGUGUGCAAACCAUGUGUAGCUUUGUUUUACAAACUUUGUGGUCUUAAAACGUUCAGCUCUUAAUUGUAUUUAUUUUAUUAUUGAUCCGAUUUCCCUGUGGCCUAAAACACAGUGCACUUAAAAAUAUCACUAGUAAAAACAUUGAUCCAGUUUUUAAUGUUUGCAGUGUCGACUGUUUACGGUUGAACAAGAGACUGCUGCAGCUUUAGUCUCAGCUUCACACAUAAAAGAUGAUCUGGUCAAUCACGGGUUUUACAGCUGAUGCUGUCACCCUAACUUUGCAUCAGUUUAUUUUUACUAAAUAGGAGGAGAGGACUUCUGAACGUAAUUUCUUACAGCAGAUAUAAGAAACAUAACAAAAUAAUUGACAUUUUAUCAAAUUGAUUUGUUUAAUCUCAGGAAAUGGAGCGAUUUGGCCUUUUGAUUCAUAGUCCUGGAGGGCUUUAGAUUGCCCUGAUGUCAUGACACGCUAGUAAAAUUUGUGAGAAAAUAUAUUAUAUUAAACCCUUUUAACUUUUUGUCUCUUUCCAGUGGCUGUUCAAUUCUCCUUCUAAAGCAAAAUAAACCAUGAAAGGAGACAUUUCUGAAAUCAGAUUAUAAAAAAUGCAUUGUGUGAAUGGGGAUGUUUUUAUCAACAUGCUAUACUUUCAGUGCACGGAAACCCAUACAUGUGAACACUAUUAAGUUUCA